AUGCGUCACUUAGUGUCAAUUAAAGAUCUCUCCGAUGAGGAGUUCAAAGUGCUUGUAGACAGAGCCGAACACUACAAGAAAGUGUUCAAGUCCGGCAACGUAAGCGAGUGCCAGAAAAACCAUGCUAAGCUGAUUGGCAAGACAGUCGCACUGAUUUUCUCGAAAAGAUCGACCAGAACCAGAAUCUCGAGCGAGGGAGCAGCAGCGUUUUUCGGUGCCCAACCCAUGUUCCUGGGCAAAGACGAUAUCCAGCUUGGCGUCAACGAGUCGUUCCACGAUACCACCAAAGUUGUGUCGUCAAUGGUUUCGUGCAUCUUUGCGCGUGUAAAUAAACACUCCGAGAUACAAGAACUUGUCAAGUACUCUUCGGUUCCCAUUAUAAACUCUCUGUGUGACAGAUUUCAUCCUUUGCAGUCCAUCUGUGAUCUUCUGACCAUCAAGCAAAAUUUCGACCUCACGUCUACCAAAGUGAAAGUCGCGUGGAUCGGGGAUGCUAACAAUGUUAUCAACGACAUGGCAAUUGCAUGUCUGAAAAUGGGCAUGGAUGUGGCCAUUUCCACUCCCCCGGGUAUCGAGAUGGACCCUGAGAUCGUGAGUGCAGGUAUGGAAGUAGCCAAAAAUAACGGAUCAAACCUAGAGUGCACACACGAUUCAGUUCAAGCGGCAACUGGUGCCCACAUUCUUGUCACCGAUACUUUCAUCUCAAUGGGUGAAGAAUACGCUAAAGUUGCCAAGCUCAAGCAAUUUAAAGGUUUUCAAGUGAACGCUGAGCUGUGUUCCCACGCUGAUCCCAACUUCAAAUUCAUGCACUGCCUUCCAAGACAUCACGAAGAGGUUACGGAUGACGUUUUUUACAGCAACCAUUCAAUCGUGUUUGAAGAGGCUGAGAAUAGACUUUAUGCUGCUAUGGCUGCCAUAGAUGUUUUUGUGAUUAAUAAUGGAGAUUUCAGUGCUGGUCCGGAUGAUUUUCUUCACUAA